AUGGCUCUAGAAGAUAUGGAGAAAGCCUCCCUUAUCACUCCACGAGGGACAUAUUGCUACAAAGUCACGCCAUUUGGCCUUAAAAAUGCUAGUGCUACUUACCAACGAGCAGCCGCCACUUUGUUACAUGAUUUGAUCCAUAAAGAAGUAGAGGUUUAUGUUGAUGAUAUGAUAGUGAAGUCCAAAGACUGUGAAGGACACAUACUAGCUUUAAGGAAGUUCUUUGAAAGAAUCCAGUUCUACAAGUUGAGCCACUCCUUAUUCAUGGUGUAUGGGAUGGAAGCAGCCCUUCCCAUUGAGAUGGGUGUCCGUUCACUAAGGACAGUAUUGGAAAGUGAAAUCCCUGAAGCAGAUUGGUUACAAAGCAGAUAUGAUCAGUUGUGCAUGCUAGAUGAGAAAAGACUCAAAGCCUUGCAUCAUAUUCAAGGUUACCAAAGGAGGCUUAGGAAAGCUUUUGAUAAGAAAGUGAGAACUAGAGAUUUGACGUUGGGGGAUUUAGUGUUGAAAGAAAUCCAAGCCUCGGUUCAAGAUGCAAAUGGAAAGUUCAAGCAAAAUUGGGUAGGCCCAUACAUCAUCAAGUAG